UAGUUUCUCUAUCUCUCUGGGGACCACACAUCACACUACAACCACUAAUAUUAAUUAAUGCCUUGCCUUAGUACAUCUCAGCACGCUUUGUGUCUCUCCUCUACGGCAUAUCCUUUCUCCUUCUUCCUGUAUCCUCUGACUUAAUUUACUACAAACAGGCAACAAGGCUCAAGGAAUUAGUAUUGUUUCCAUCAUGGGAAUUUGUUUGAGCACCCAAAUUGAAGCUGGGCUGAAUUCAAAGCAUGUGAGUGUCGAUGCAAAAGAUCUCAGCAGUCCAAGCAGUAAAAUUACAAAAGAUCUCAGCAAUCCAAUUAGCAAUAAAAUUACAGAAGAUCUCAGCACACCAAUUAGCAAUAAAAUUACAGAAGAUCUCAGCACACCAAUUAGCAAUAAAAUUACAGAAGAUCUCAGCACACCAAUUAGCAAUAAAAUUACAGAAGAUCUCAGCACACCAAUUAGUAAGGUCUCAGAGAUCUUAGUGCCUCUGACUCCUCAGAUUGAGGGUGAGAUCUUGCAGUCAUCCAAUCUGAAGAACUUUAGUUUGACAGAACUAACAGCUGCCACAAGAAAUUUCCGUAAAGACAGUGUGUUAGGAGGAGAAGGUGAUUUUGGAUCAGUUUUCAAGGGCUGGAUUGAUAACCACUCACUGGCUGCUGCAAAACCUGGCACGGGCGUUGUUGUUGCUGUGAAAAGACUUAGUUUGGAUAGCUUCCAAGGUCACAAGGAUCGGUUGGCAAGGCACGGUAUGACUCAUGAAGCAAGUCUCGAGGCUGAAGUGAACUAUCUAGGCCAGCUUUCUCAUCCUCAUCUAGUGAAAUUAAUUGGGUAUUGCUUUGAAGAUAAAGACCGACUUCUGGUCUAUGAAUUUAUGCCUCGUGGUAGCUUGGAGAAUCACUUGUUCAUGAGAGGGUCAUACUUUCAACCUCUUUCUUGGGGUCUACGUUUGAAAGUUGCUCUAGGCGCUGCCAAAGGGCUUGCAUUUCUUCACAGUGCUGAAACAAAAGUGAUAUACCGAGAUUUCAAGACCUCAAAUGUCUUGCUGGAUUCAAAUUAUAAUGCAAAGCUUGCUGAUUUGGGGCUGGCAAAGGACGGACCAACACGUGAGAAAAGUCAUGCCUCCACCAGGGUAAUGGGAACCUAUGGAUAUGCAGCUCCUGAAUAUCUAGCCACAGGUAAUCUGAGUGCUAAGAGUGAUGUCUUCAGUUUUGGAGUAGUCCUGCUGGAAAUGUUAUCUGGCAGGAGGGCUGUGGACAAGAAUAGACCAUCAGGACAACACAAUUUGGUGGAAUGGGCCAAACCAUACUUAUCCAACAAACGCAAACUUUUGCGUGUGUUGGAUAAUCGUCUUGAAGGCCAAUAUGAAUUAGAUGAGGCAUGUAAGGUAGCUACCCUCUCUCUGCGAUGCCUUGCAAUAGAAUCAAAGUUGAGACCAACCAUGGACGAGGUUGCCACGGAUUUGGAGCAGCUCCAGGUCCCCCAUGUGAAACAAAAUCGUAGAAAAAGUGCUGAUCAUUUUACCCAUGGUAGAAUUGCCACUGCUUCUGCUUCCCCGCUCUCACGUGACAUUGCAAAUACACAUCCUUGAAAGCUGCAUGUUUCCACAUGAACUCAAACAUGUUCAUAUCAUGCACACAUGUUAUCUAAUAGGUUUUACAUAUCUUAGUACAUUGCAUGUAUAUAUUUCAGGUUCUGUUUGUUAUAUAUAUAGUCAAAAUGGCUGGAACUGCAGGUACUUUCUUAUGUGGCUCUGGUUAGCUCAAUUUUGUUGUUUUUGAUAUAUUGGUGUAAAGUUUCCUACUUUAUUUUGUUACACUUGCAAUGUGCAGCUUUCACAUAGAAAUUGUAGCAAAACUAGAUCCUCUUGACCUUCAGUGGGAACCUUACAUAAUUGUCAAGAUUUUUUGCUU